AUGCAGCACGUCAUCGAAGAAAUAUCGGCAUUCCAUUUACCGCGCUUACCCAACCGAGUCGCAUUUUAGCCCCCUCCGGAAGGUGGCCAUUACGAAAAAAACAGCAAGGGAUUUAAAACGCUGGAUUCGAACAUUACGGAUUCAUUCGAAAUAAAACUUUCUGCAGGCAACUUUUAGUUUUCAUGAUUUGAGAUUUACUAAGUUAUUAAUGUGAUUUUAAUGAUAUAGUUUCCUGAUUCAUUCACUUUUGGAUUUUCAUCAAUGGUCCCCGGGAUUAGCAGGCCUUUGGAUCAGAAGCGCACGAAUAUGAACUUAGGUGGACUAUCCCUAGCGGGACUGCCCGGGGGUGUCCCAGAAUUCGGACCCGACCACGAUACUCCAGAUUUAAUGCCGAAGAAAGAUGCUCCUAAACCAGUGUGCAAAGAAGACUGUGGGGAGGCCGACUGUGUCCUCCUUGUUGGCAAAAAGGAGACUGAGUGUUACUGCGUGGCCAAUCUCCGGAAGCCCAUCGACGGCAAGUGCCCCGGACAAAUUGGAGUUAUAGGCCAACCCGCUUCAGCUUGCAAGGAAGACUGUGGGGAAGCAACGUGCGUGAAGGACGACAACGAGCCCCCGAGAUGCCUCUGUGUCUUCAGCCUGAAACAACCGGUCAACGGAACGUGCUCGGAGACAGCGGAACCAGAACAUCCAUUUUCAGCGGACUACUCUGACGGCGGUGAUCCGGAGCCCGUGCCUCAUGAGACCAUUGUCAACAUUGUGGAGAGUCACAAGAAUGAGACGGGCAAGCCAAUGGCUCUCGUGGGCACCGACCUUCACCAUCUAAAUCAGACCGUCCUCAUCCUUGAGAUUCUGAUGCCUCUGAUUGGUCUGCUAAUAAUAGCCAUGGUAGUUCUCCUCAUAAUGAAGAAGAGAAAGGUCGGGCUAUUCAAACCACGUGAUAAAUCCAACAACGCUAGUUGGCUGCACCGGAAUGACAACUCGAUGCUAUUAGACAGCAUGAGCCUCGUGAAUAAGAAUCCGACAUAUUACAGUCCGCACCCGGAAGUAGUCAUUACCAAGUUCCACGUGAAGGAGAUCCCGUCAGAGAAAUUGGCCCUGCUGGAGGAGAUAGGCGAGGGUGCAUUUGGACAAGUCUUCAAGGGGGAAUUGCAACAAGACAGCAGCCCAAGCCGCCUAGUGGCCGUGAAACUGUUGAAGAACGGGGUCUCGCGAGAAAUCAAAGAGGACUUUGAGAGGGAAGUCGAGAUUACGAGUACAUUCGACCAUGAUAACAUUCUGAAACUGAUUGGAGUCGUAACUAAAGAUGUGAAUGAUUCCCCCUACAUGGUCUUCGAGUUCAUGGAACAUGGCGAUCUUGCCGGCAUGCUGAGGAAGAACGACCCAGUAAUGAGACGCAACAAGGAUAAACUCAUUCUCAAAGAUACUGACUUAGUCGACGUGGCCAUCCAAGUCGCCAAUGGAAUGGUCUACCUUACCCAGCAACACUUCGUUCACCGUGAUUUGGCCACCAGGAACUGCCUCGUCGGGGACGCUCUCAUCGUCAAAAUAUCUGACUUCGGCAUGUCCAGGGAUAUCUAUACUUGCGAUUAUUACAAGAUCGGUGGUUCGCGGAUGCUGCCUGUCCGCUGGAUGUCGCCAGAGAGCGUCAAGUACGGCAAGUUCACCACCGAGAGUGACGUGUGGGCCUACGGUGUGGUCCUGUGGGAGAUCUUCUCCUACGGCAAGCAGCCUUACUAUGGACACGGGAACGAGGAGGUGGUCAUGUUUAUAGAAAACCACACCCUACUGAACAGGCCCGAGGUCUGCCCAGAGGACAUAUACAAGAUCAUGCUCCAGUGUUGGAUUACGGAUCCGAACGAGAGGGCCUCCUUCGUGGACAUCCACAGGGCCCUCAUCGACUACAGCAAGAGAGUGGUACGGAACUUCCACAAGGUGCGGGCGGACGUUUGCCCGAGUUCCAGUUACGUGGUCCAGUUGUAAGGCUGGGUAAAGCUGAUAUAUUUGGGGCCAAGAUAGGGGGCUUGUACUGCAGGAUGUUAAGUUGCAUCAGAGUAAUGAAUGCGCGGUCGCGACACAUUUGAGUGCAAAGGAUACUCAUCGCUCCACUAUAUGUACUGUAUAUGACAUUGUCAUUUACUGUAAGGCUUUCAGCUUUGUACAUUUUGAUCGACCAUAGGAGCUUCUGCUCUGAUUCCCGCCAUCAUCUAGCAGUAAUCACGCAGUACUUUGCCCUUCAGUGUUCACUGAGGUAUUUUGAAGUAGGUUAAAUUGUGGUUCUGGUGGCAGCACUGAAGAAAAACACAGCUAAAAACUAAACUUAACUUUGCAAUGAAAUGAAGAUAUAAGUUCAAUGAAAUCGGGUGUGGUCCAUGGGUACGAUAAGUUUUGACCAACUGCAAGUAAUGAUAUUUUCUUUCCCACUAAACCAACUGGGGACAGUACAUGAUAAUCUGGCUCUGGCGUAUUAUAGACCUACUGGUUUCUUUGUAAAAGUAGCUCGGUAUCCACAAGAAUACGUUCAAACGUCAAUAUUGAAAAUAUUUCGGUCUAGUUCAAAAGCCUACCACCAGAGCGCAAGAUCUACGGAACUUUAGGGAUUAUCGAUAUAUAGGAGUUCAUCGAAGUUAAUUAUUGUAAGUAAUACAAAAAUAUUCAAUUUCUCAUAAACUCAUUAAGGUUUUACUGCUAAUCUUCUGAGUUUUUCAACACCCUUGGAGGAAAUUUUCUUGUCAAAAUGUUGCGCUGGCAAAAAUGCAAUUUAAGUGGGACCAAACUAAAAACUCAUUAUCAUUCUAUUGUUAGUGCGGACAUGUCAUGUAACCUCGAAGACUUAAACUCCAAUCGGCGAAAUACGUUGCAAGUAGGUUUACUACAGAUUUUUGUGUUGGAAUGCUCAGUAAAAAUAGCAGCAAAGACGAUGAAAAGUAAAAGGGAGGACGAUCGCCUACCGGGUGUAUUUGUGCCAAAGGGAUAUGAUUAAGGGUGCUCAGCGGAAGUAGUUUUUGAAUAUUUGAAUUAAAAUAACCCAUAUGACAAUGAAAUUCAAUAUCAAAUUUUAAGUGCCAUGGGUUAACUCAAACAGUAGGGCCGUUUACGAGUGACCGAUCCGAUUCGGUCUAGAUUAGUCUGCCGUGUAAAACGCGCACGGCACGAACUGGAUCUGGUCUGAUCUGGUCCAGUUCGAGACAUGUACCGUGGAACCCCGGUCGGCGACCACCCGGGUAACACGACCACCCCGGUAUCUACAGUUGUAAUCGGUUGCACAAGGAAUUUCAUGAUCAUAUGGAAAAACUACAUACUUUAAGUUCAAACCGUUUGUUAAAAUAUAGAAAGAAAUGUGCGUGUCGAUGAUAUACAAUUUCAGUUGAUUGAUUUAGGUUGUGACAAAACAAUAUUAAGAUAAUAUGUGACCAUACAACGGAGGCCAUAUUGGCUACUCUAAAAAACCGUCAUUGAAAAAAAAUCGAACUGUCUGUUUGAAUACAUGACCGCGCGAGGAAAUGUCGCGUCACUUAUUGCGCCCAUGAUUGCAAACAUCGUUGAUUGGGAAAGAGAUUCUGGACGAAAAUGCCAAUACAAAUAUCGGAAUGUUGGAUAAAAGGGAAGAGAAGAAAUACGAGAUUGUCAUUAUACUCCAUAUGCAUUCCUUUUCAUGAACUCAGUCACUUUCAUCAUUGGUUCAUAGCACCAGCGACUAGGGGGCGUUUAUUACGGCAAAAAUUCAAGAAAUCCAUUCGGCGCUUUCAGGAUUAUUUCUAACAGCCAAACCUGAAUCCGACAUGUUGUCGCAAGUAUCAAUCAAAGUACCUGUUAUGUGGUAACUCUCAAAUUCGACGGAACUAUGAACCAAUAUCUACCAUCUUGAAAUCCACUAGUACUAUAGGUGAAUAAUAGGUGGCGUGUGUAAAAUUUAAUGGAGAUGUUAUACUAUAUCCAACAUAAUCUUAAUUGGCAGCAUAAGUGUACUAUAUGACGUAAGGAUCAACAUUGCAAUUUUAUAAUUAGGGGUUUUAUAUGGACACUAGGAUGAUUAGGCAGCAGAAAUGUAAGAGAAAAACAAAACGAUCUUGACUUGUCAUGCAUGCACGGCUAAAGAGGAUCGACCGAUUUACUUGAAGAGACAACUUCGGCAUGAUAUAUGUUGACUUUUCACCGAAAAUUGACCUUUACUACAAAAUAUAUGAUUGUGAGUUUCAGCCAGAGUGUUCAAAUAAAACUUACUGAGUUUUCAUACGUAUUCACUUCAUAUAUCAAUAUAUAAAAGCAGUGUGUGUUUUAUACAAUGACGUAACUUGUAUUUGUUCUAGCCAGUUUUAUGUGACACCCUGUAUCAUUCUAGCAAAAAAUUUCCCACCGAAAUUCGGCACUUAAAAUAUCAAAUUAAUUACUAUAUUGUUAUUGUAUAUUGAAUUCACAGUCACACUCAAUUGUUGAAUGAACAUGCUUUUCUUUCCGACUUAGAAAAUUUCACUUGCUGUGUUUGAUAAUCAUAAAAGAUGGCAUUGAUUUAUUAAUUGCGAGCUAACGCACCCAGUCCUGGCUGUAGUAUUUUCAUGUGAAAUAGACUUUAUUCACAUCUGCACGUUUCAGUCCUGGUGUGGUAGUAAAGGUUAUUUUCCCAGCAUUUGUACAUUUUUGGUUGUGAUAGGGAAGCUAAAAGCUCAUUGAUCGGUCAAAGUCCUUUUUGUCGGAUGACAUCUUUUUUUGCUCAGUUUCUCAACAUCGCUACACUCGUCACUUUGAACGCCUUCAGAUUUUGUUUGGCUUACUAGAAGUACAAGGUACGGGAUUAAAACUGCUAGUGCCUAAAAAAGUAGAGAAGCCAAGUGUUCACGUGAACAUGACCACGAAUUACAAAUUGGAUCUCUGCGCCACCGCUGGAGAGAACCAGUUUGCAUGGAUGAAAGAUCUGUGAUGGCCGAUCAGUGCAGCUGGAUGAUUUAUUUUUCUAGCUAUCAACACCAUUCUGAAAUAUACUGUGACAUUAGUUCGUGUAUAUAUUAUUCACAUAAACCAAAUUUGAUUCGAGACUACAACUGAGAUUAUGAGUUUGAGACUGUUAAACAGCAUGUCUGCUCCAGCAGACAUGCUCAGUGCGGACCCUUUGUGGAGCCUGUUGUUCUCAUGCUGGCUAUGAACAACUGAUUAGUUUGAUCUGAUCAGUUCAUGAUUAAAGGGUGUGAUUGACACGCAGACAGUUCAUCCAAAAGUGGCUAUUGAAGCUCAGUGGAUUUAAUUUAGUUGUUUAUUUUAUUGUUUUAGUGUCGCGUAAAUAUCGCUCAUGAUUAAGUUGCCCAUUAUAACGAAUCGUUGUCAUGACUUUGCGCAUGUUUAUUGUUAAUUAAAUAAAAACAGUUUUUGAAA